GAGAAAGCUCCACAGACACGGACUGCAUUCUUAGGACAUGGGUAUUCACGGAUCCAAGCAUCAGAAACAAGCACAAGUCCUGAUGCUGGGCCUGGAUGGAUCAGGAAAGACCACGCUGCUUUACAAGCUGAAGUACAAUGAGAGCGUGGUGACAGUGCCGACUGUGGGUUUCAAUGUGGAGACACUGGAGACGGACAGGAGCAGCCCGGCACUGAUUGUGUGGGAUGUCGGGGGCCAGAAGAAGAUGAGGCCCCACUGGAGGCAUCACUAUACCGACACAGCUGGAGUGGUGUUUGUGGUGGAUAGCAGGGACCUGAAACGGUUGGACGAGGCCCGCAAGGAACUCCAUCGGGUGCUGAGGUACGAGAGUCUCAGGGAGGUUCCUCUCUUGGUCCUCGCCAACAAACAGGACCUACCUGGAGCUCUGAGCCCAGAGGAGCUUUCCCUGAAACUUGAUUUGAGAAAAGUGUGCGAAGGCAGGGCCUGGUACAUCCAGCCGUGCUCGGCCACAACUGGGAUGGGACUCGAGGAAGGUUUCAGGAGGAUAGUGUAUCUCAUGAAGACCCCACUGAAACGGACUCAAGAGGACAUUAAGGUGAAGAUGAGGUCUAAAGGCUUCAGUGUCACGGCUAUGAAACAAGCCUUGCUCUGUGGCAGCUGAUGGAUGAAGACUUUCUUUAGUUUUAUUCAUGCGCCGUGCAGGAUUUCCCCCUGCCUGCCUCUGCAACACAUCACCGAACGGCCUAACUGAGUCACAGUCAGAGUGCAAUAGUCAGAGAUAAGAAUGCGUAUCACACGGAGGGCAGAGUAUCCUCAGACUGUGACUGCAGACCACUAGUAUUCUGUGAAAAAUUUUGGAUUAGCAGAUUAUGGGAAAACAGUUUCAUGGUGUCAUAGGCAAAAAUUUAGCCUGAUAAUACAUAAAAAAGCUGAUAGCAGUUGGUGGUUGUGCAAGUUUUCUCGGCU